GUGGGUAGGCGCUGGAGCGAGCGCGCCGAGAGUGGAGCUCAGCGGCUGGGAGCCAGCGGGGGAGCCCUGGGUUCCCGACCAUGAAAUCCUCGGGCACGCCCCUCCAGAAGCUGUUAACCAAGACAAUCUAGUUUUUUGUUUUGUUUUUAAAUAAAUCCUUUAAGACACUUAUGAAGUUUCUUGUUCUGAAAUUGUUGUACUGCAAUGAAGAAAAGGAGAAAGGUUACUUCAAAUCUUGACGAGAAGAUCCAUCUAGGCUAUCGCAAAGAUUCUUCAGAAGGCAAUGUUGCAGUGGAGUGUGACGAAGUAACCUAUACUCAUUCCACAGAGAGACCAACUCCUGAAGCUCUUCACUGUUACCAGGAACUUCCUCCCUCUCCAGAUCAGAGAAAACUUUUGAGUUCUUUGCAGUAUAACAAGAAUUUGCUGAAGUAUUUAAAUGAUGACAGGCAGAAGCAACCAUCUUUCUGUGACUUACUUAUCAUAGUAGAAGGAAAGGAAUUCAGUGCCCAUAAAGUUGUUGUUGCUGUUGGCAGUAGUUAUUUCCAUGCCUGUUUGAGCAAAAAUCCAAGCACUGAUGUUGUCACCCUGGAUCACGUAACACACUCAGUUUUUCAGCAUUUGCUUGAAUUUCUUUACACAUCAGAAUUUUUUGUGUACAAAUAUGAAAUACCCCUUGUUUUAGAGGCAGCAAAAUUUCUGGACAUUAUAGAUGCAGUUAAGUUGCUAAAUAAUGAAAAUGUUGCCACUUUUCAGUCUGAGCUGGCUGAAAAGUCAUCACCAGAAGAAACACUAAGUGAAUUAGCUGGAAGACUAUCAAAUAAUCAUCAGUGUAAAUUCUGUAGUAGACAUUUUUGUUAUAAAAAGUCUUUAGAGAAUCAUUUAGCUAAAACUCAUAGGUCCCUUUUAUUAGGGAAAAAACAUGGGUUAAAAAUGCUGGAGAGAAGCUUUUCCACAAGAAGAUCGAAAAGGAAUCGCAAGUGUCCUGUUAAGUUUGAUGACACCAGUGAUGAUGAACAAGAAAGUGGUGAUGGGUCAGACAAUUUGAAUCAAGAAAAUUUUGAUAAGGAAAAGUCAGACAGAAAUGAUUCCGAGGACCCUGGAAGUGAAUAUAAUGCUGAAGAAGAUGAACUAGAGGAGGAAAUGUCAGAUGAAUACUCUGACAUUGAAGAACAAAGUGAGAAAGAUCAUAAUGAUGCAGAAGAAGAACCUGAAGCUGGUGAUUCUGUAGGAAAUAUUCAUGAGGGGUUAACUCCUGUAGUCAUUCAGAACAGUAACAAAAAGAUAUUGCAAUGUCCUAAAUGUGAUAAAACAUUUGACCGCAUAGGGAAAUAUGAGAGCCACACACGUGUUCACACAGGUGAGAAGCCCUUUGAGUGUGAUAUUUGUCACCAGCGCUAUUCGACAAAGUCUAACCUUACUGUUCACAGAAAGAAGCACAGUAAUGAAACAGAAUUUCAUAAGAAGGAGCACAAGUGCCCUUACUGUAAUAAACUUCAUGCAAGCAAGAAGACUUUAGCCAAGCAUGUUAAGAGAUUUCAUCCUGAAAAUGCUCAAGAAUUUAUUUCCAUUAAGAAGACCAAGAGUGAAAGUUGGAAAUGUGAUAUUUGUAAGAAAUCCUUUACUCGAAGACCACACUUGGAGGAACAUAUGAUUCUACAUUCUCAAGAUAAGCCUUUUAAGUGUACCUAUUGCGAAGAACAUUUCAAAUCACGAUUUGCAAGGUUAAAGCAUCAAGAAAAGUUCCAUCUGGGUCCUUUUCCAUGUGAUAUAUGUGGUCGCCAGUUUAAUGACACUGGAAAUUUGAAACGCCAUAUAGAAUGUACCCAUGGUGGAAAGAGAAAAUGGACUUGCUUUAUCUGUGGAAAAUCAGUACGAGAAAGGACUACUUUGAAAGAACAUUUGAGAAUCCACAGUGGAGAAAAACCUCAUCUGUGUAGUAUCUGUGGGCAAAGUUUCCGUCAUGGAAGUUCAUACAGGCUUCACUUACGAGUACAUCACGAUGAUAAAAGAUACGAAUGUGAUGAAUGUGGGAAAACGUUUAUUCGUCAUGACCAUCUUACAAAGCACAAAAAAAUACAUUCAGAUACAAAGCAACCUUUCAUCAAUGCGAUGUUUGUAAGAAAAUUUUUAAAGGCAAAUCAAGUCUGGAAAUGCAUUUUCGGACGCAUUCAGUACCCUUGGGAUUGCUGCUGUAUCUGUUCAAACAUUCAGUAUCCCAGCCUCUGGUUUUUAGCUAUCUCAUCCAGCAAAUGGUCAUCUUGGGAGUUGGAAAAUACAGGUGAAAAACCAUACAAGUGUCAAAUUUGCAAUCAAUCUUUCAGAAUUAAGAAAACUUUAACAAAACACUUGGUUAUUCAUUCUGAUGCCCGGCCUUUCAACUGUCAGCACUGUAAUGCAACAUUUAAGCGGAAAGACAAGCUGAAAUACCACAUUGACCAUGUUCAUGGCAUAAAAUCUCCUGACGAUCCUCUCAGUACUUCUGAGGAAAAACUUGUAUCUUUGCCAGUAGAAUACUCAUCUGAUGAUAAAAUCUUUCAAACAGAAACAAAACAAUAUAUGGACCAGCCCAAAGUUUAUCAGUCAGAAGCCAAGACUAUGUUACAGAAUGUGUCUGCUGAAGUGUGUGUUCCAGUAACACUGGUUCCAGUUCAGAUGCCUGACACUCAGAGCGAUCUGGUGCGUCAUACAACCACACUCCCACCGUCUUCUCAUGAGAUCCUAUCGCCACAGCCACAAGCGACUGAUUAUCCCCGAGCAGCUGAUUUAGCUUUUCUGGAAAAGUAUACUCUCACUCCUCAACCUGCAAAUAUAGUUCAUCCAGUACGACCUGAACAAAUGCUAGAUCCUAGGGAACAGUCUUAUCUUGGAACAUUGCUAGGCCUUGAUAAUGCUACUGCUGUACAAAGUAUUUCUAAUAACGAGCAUCAUUCAUGAGUAAAUCUAAACAUUCCACAGACUUUUGAUGGUUUUGUGCUAAUGGUAGCCUAGACUGAUGGCUUUUAAAUUAGUAAGGCUGCUAUUUUUCAUUUUCUCUAGUUUCUCCAGUCCUCAGAACGAUUUCAAAUCAAGAAAAAUAUAUGUAUCUCUGUUUACUGAACAGAAUAUUGGGACACGUUUUGAGGUAUAAUAUUUGAAAUGAACAUUUUUAUGAUUUUUAAAGAUAACUUAGUGCUAAUUUUUAAUGGUUUCUCAAACUUUUCAAAAUUAUUAGCUGUUGACUUUGUGGUUUUGUUUUUGGGUUUUUUCUUAAUUAUCCAUGGAAAUUUUCAUUCUUUAGUUUCAGUCUGUUUUUCUCCCUUGACCAUCUUCUAAACAAGAUUAAGGACUGACCAUGUAGCCUUUAAGAAAGAAUAUAAGAGUACACUGAUAAUUGCAACUCUUCCUUAUUAAGAUUCAUUAUUAUUUCUUCCACAUUUUAAAAAGCUGAAAUUAGGAAUUUAAAUUUAUAGGGAACUCUUGGCUAUUUCUGUGGUUUGUUUGUUUGUUUUUAAUGUGGCCCUAAUUUCAGGUUAUUAUUAAUCCUUCGGUCUUUUCACAAACUCAAAGCAAGGAAGCUAACUUAAUGUAAGAACAGUUUGUUAAAUGAAACCUAGAAAUGAAAUAAUUAUCCAAAUAAUUGGGUUUUGCCUAUGCUUCAAUUAUUAUGAAUAAGAAAUGCAUAUUUUUAAUGUAUAGGCAUUAAAUUAUACACGUUGAAAAUGUAUUAAAGGCAAAUUAUGACAGUUUUAACUAGAUAGCUUUAAAGAUAAGUUCAUCUUUUAAAUUUUAUCAUUUAAGAAACAUCAGCAAUACAUCAUAGCAUGUAUCUUCAUCUCACUAAAGGAGGGGCAAUUAUAACUAAUCAAUGAAAUUUAAUUAACAACCUACUUUUGGUCUCAUUUACUUUGGCUAAUAAAAUUGUGGGAAAUAGAACCUAGAUAUUUCAUAUAUAAUUAUAAGGGAAGGUGCCAAAGUAUAAAAUUCAUGUCUAACUAAACUUAAUGUUUACUUUAAUUAAAGGGAACCACUACUUGUAUACAGAUUUACAUGUAAUGUAGAUUUUUAUUUUGCUUUUCACAUAAGCCCAAUAUCUGUAAUUAUCCUUGAUUUUUUAUUUUUGUAGGAGAUAAAAGUUGAGGACUUGGUGAAAAGAAAUAGCAGUUAGAGCAAAAACCACACUGAUAAAAAUUAAUCGAGGAAAAAAGUCAGUUAAAAUUAUAAAAUACCUUUAAAGAUGUGCACUUUCCAUAUUUUCAAGUCAAUUUAAACUUAAACUAGGAUAAUGUUUCCUAGUAGAGCUGCUUGAAGGAUUAGAAUAGGCAGGGUUGAUUUAUUAUUAGCAUGUCAUUUGUAUGUAAACUACUGGAAAAGAGCAAUUUUAAGAGUUUUCUAGUUCAGUUUUGUUUACACUCCUAAUUGCUUUAAGCACUUUUUUUGUGUGUAAACUGUAAAGUCUGGCCCAGCCCUUGUGAAAAAAAUCACAAAUAAAAUAAUGAAGUUUUAAUGAAUAAAAUUUAACCACUUAAUAAUGGGGAAACUUGUUUGCUGAAGCACUUAAGAAAUGAAGGUACCUUACAGGAGCAUUCACCAUACUAGUGGAAAUAAAAGAAAAAAAAAAUGUUGAGUUUGAGGCAGUUAACCAAAGUAGCUCAUAUAAGUAACAAAACCAACCUGAGUUUCGCCUCAGUUAUCAAGGUUUGGUUGUAAUUAAUCUAGGACCAGUAGAUAUAAUUAAUGUAUUCUUCUUUUUAAAAGGUUCUUACUUUUGUGUGGAAAUGUUAUAUGAGGUACUUACAUGAUUGAACUUGACUAUAUGAGGUACUAUUAGUCUGUUAGUCUUUCAAAUUGACUUUUAAAAACGCAGAUCUUUAUGAUUUUUAUCAUAAAGACCAGCAAGACUUUUAAUUAAAAAACUUAUUGUAAUGAGAUGAAAUAAUACCUAAAAGUAUACCCUGCCUUACAUAAACCAUCGUAGAAAAGUUUGGACUUACAAAAAGGCAGAUGGUAUGUAUGUGUCUGUGUAUGGUAUAUUAUAUGCUUGGUAGCAAGAAAGAAAGAGGGUGUUGCAUUUUCACAUUGAAAAGAAUACUUUGUUUUUUGAAGGUAUUUACUUUAGGAUUCUUUUAAUAAUAAUUUCCUAAUGCUUUAAAUAUGUAAUUUGAUUGUAGGAAUUGGUUUACAGUAUAAAACUUCUCUGGAACACAUUUCUUAUAUAAAGUGAAAUAGAAUGAUAUUUAGUUAUUGUUGUAGAUAAACUUGAAUACUGGCUUAGUCUUUCAUAAAAUGCUUUCAGUUAUCUUGUUUAACCUCAUAACCAGCUCUAAAAGAGAAAGGACAUGUUAUUUCCCAUUUUAGAGAUGAAGAAUCUGAGGUUAAGAUAAAGGACUCAGUUAAGCUCACAUCAUUAAUAAAUGUCAGAGCUACUAAUGGGGAAAGAAAGCUAGCAUUAAUAAAUGCUUACUGUGUGCCAGGCACUACAUUUUCUCAUGUGAUCGUAAAGAGUCUGGGAAUUAGAUAGUAUAACUCUUAUGAAGAAAUUACUCAGCAGGUGGACAAACACACAAAUCUGCUGCCUCUAAUUUCCAAAAUUAGAAUAUAGGAAAUUUUAAAAUUGUGAAAACCUCAUGGAUUUGGGCAAACUGAAUGUAUAUAAGUUGUUGAAGUUGGCACAAAAAAUAUGUAAUGAGGCCUACUCUUUUCAGUUAACCUUUUAUAAUAUUUAAUUUGGAGUAUUUGGACAAAUGUUCCAUUAACUCUAAAAUCCAUUAAUUUUGUAACUAUACUUAAAGUUUUGAAUCUUGCAACUAAGCUUAGCCUCAUUCAGAAUUUUUAUUUUAUGAACAUAAUUUAUUGUUUUAAAUUAAUUUUUUAGCUGAUAGCAGUUAGCACUUAAUAUGUAAACUGAAUAAUUUAUCAAGUGUAGAAAUUUGUUAACCUAAUCAGUUUUUACUUAAAUGCACCAAAGAUUUUUAGUAGGUAUUAAAAUAGUUUAAGAGAAUUAAAAUUCUUUGUUGUUUGAAUAAAUAUUUGUCCAAAGAAGCACAGUUGAAGUCCUAGGAUUAUGGAUUUUUUAAAAAAAAUCAUUAGUUUGAAUACUAAGAUUAAGUGUUUGUGUUUAUAUGUAUAAAAAUAAAAACAGAAGAAAAUACUCUGGGAAUAGUCAUACUGACAAACCAGUUACAAGUAAGAAUACUCAGUUUUCCUCAGUUUAAUUAAUUGAAUGUUAUCUUUAAGUGGACACUAUUAAAUGCUAAAUAAUAAGCUUAUUUUUUACACUACACUAUUAAAAUAAUUUUGCCUUAGAAUUUUUUUUUAAGACAAGUCAAAGUUAUUUUUAUAAAAAACCCCACCUAUUUUUUGCAGCCUGUAAUACCAUUUAAGAUUAGCAUUUGUUCUUCAUGCCAGCAAGAUUUAACCAACAACUGUAAAGGUAAUUAUCUUUGCAUACUUUUAAGUAAUUUAGUCAUUUAUUGCUGGAGAAAAGGAGUAGAAUAAAUAGGGUUUUAAACUGGUGCUUUAUUAAGUGACUUCCUUUUAAGUGAUUGUAGGUCAUGAAAUAGGUACACUAAUAAUAUUCUGUCAACUUUAAAAGUGUCAAGACAUCUUUGCAGAGUGACUAUAAACUGUUAAGGGCUAAUAAGUAAGUAAAUAUCAUUCAUUGCUUUUCACUCUUUAAUUUCAAGCAAAAACAUAAUUAAACUGGUAUGUUUGUAAGUUUGAGUUAUCUUCCUACCAGAUCAUUUUAACAUAUCAUUGAUGAAAAGUCAGAUUUAGAGCAUUAGCUCUUUGACAGUGUCCUUUUUAAACCCAGUCUUUUCUGAAUUGAAUGCUUUGUGCCUUUUCACUGUGUUGUAGUUGCUUCAAAUUGAUUCUGCUGGCUAGAUUGUACUGGUUAAUAAAUGAUUUUGAUUUUGUUGUUGUUGUUAUGGGUUUUAUGUUUGUGCUUCCUGCGGGUCAGGCAGCGCUUUUUUAAGAUUAUAAUUAUUUAGGAAAAUGGCACUAAGUACUAGUGUGAACAUUUGUUUUGUUUUUUUUUUUAAUCUCUUUUGUGGCCUUUAUAGUUACUGUGAAGCCACUCCAGGGCCUGUCUCUAGAUGCUUAUUAGAGGAAUCUGACAAAUAAAAUAAAAUGAGUAGUGUGUCUGCCUCUCUGUCUUCUCCUCCCACUCACCCUCCUAUUCCUUUUUAAAAAUAUCAGUUCCCAUAACUACACAGCUCUACAUUGAAUGGCUUCUCAUUUCAGUUUGCCUAAAACUGAACUAGAGGUGAUGGCUUGAGAUGAGUUUCUCAUUAGGAGCAGCAACAUCCCAACCAACAUGCAAUUUGAGUUGAUGAACUCAGGAAAAAUCAGGACUUUAACGUCCUAUUUGGAUUAUUCUAAGAUUCAGUGCCAAAUUUGAAGUGACUAAAAAUGUAUUCUUUAAUAAGGAACAAGUAGCAUUUCUAAGAUUUUAAGUAGUAUUAUGAUAAAUGUUACUUGUGAUUAGGGUAAAUAAUGGAUAAUGUGAGAAUAUUUUCUAAAUAAUUUCUAGGAACUAUAGGCAAUUCUUCUUUAGAUCAUCCCCCUUUCUUUUUCACAUUCCUCUCUUGGUAAAGUCUGUAGUGUUCUUUUGGGGGACUUACCCCCUUGUUUCCUCUAAUGUUAUUUCAAGUUAAAGAUACUUUUAUCCUAGAAUAUUAGCAUGCUUUCUGCCCUUCUCUUUGGAAGUAGCAUUAAUAAGAUAGAAGUAAUAGGAUUAGCUUGUGUGGAAGAUGAGAGAAAGAAGGUCUUGGUAGAGAGAGUGACUAUGUUUUGUUUACUCUUCAUGUUUCAUUCAACUUGCUAUGUAUUGAUCUUAAGUCUAUGACUAUUGAAGAAUCCCAAGACAAUUUAAAUUUAGCCUCUGCAGCCAUUUAUACAAAGAGAAAAUAAUUAUAUUCAGAGAAUAGAGGUUAUACAAAGAUGGAUGUAUCUUUUUUUAGAUCUUAAGUAAAAAAGUAAUUUCAGUGCUUGCAUUAUUGUUGGAGGUUCUAAAACAUUUCUUGAAUGAAGAGCAUGUAUACUUCUCAUUGUUAUUUUGCCUCUUUGCUUGGUAUUCCUGCUUGUGUUAAAGUUGGACAGUGUACUGUGAUGUAAUUACAAAAUUUUUAUUCCAACAAUUGGACUUUUCUUAUCCCUAUAGAUACAACUGUAUUACAAUAGAUUGAGUGUGGCUGCCAAAAAGAAUGAGUACAGAGGUGGGCAUUUCGCUGCUCCAUGUUGUGUAGUUAAGUGUUAUAAUUUAGGGGAUUUAUGAUGUACAUUAAAGUGGAAAAUGCUUUUGAACUUAGCCUUCAGUCUUAAAUCAUAAGUUUUGUUUUUAAUCAUUAAAGGACACUUAAAAGCAAUUACAAAGAAAAAUCUAAAAUAUCAAAAUUCAUUAUUUUGUCAACUGUGUGUGAAGUAUCUUGUGAGUUACAUAGAUAUUUUAGCCGUCUCAUGUUUCAUAAGUACAAAUGUCUUUAUAGAAAAAUUCAGUUCUCUGUGAAGACUAGGAAGUGUAUUGUAUAUUGAACUAGUUCUUUGUGUUAUUUUGAUAUUUAAAAUAAAUAUAAAAUUCUUUGGUCUUAA